UCGGGCAGCUGUCAUUUGACAUAAUCGUUUGCUUCGUGUAAAUUUUGCAAUGUACAAGUUUCAAAUCCGUCUAUUUAUCAAUGAAUAUGGUUUAUAUUAAUAGAUAAUGAUUAUUUAUGUCGCCUAUUUUAUUAAGAAUCUUAUAAACAGUGUAUAAGUUGGUAUAGUUGUGAUUUUUUGGUUAUAAUGGAGGAUCUCAAUUUGACAGAGACCGAAAUGAGAUAUUUCGGCGAUUUGUUUUUAUGUUGCGACGAAGAAUCCAAUGGGAAAAUACCGAUUUUAAAAGCAACGGAAUUGUUCAGGUCCUCUAAUGUACCGAAUGAGGUUCUAAAACAGAUCAUGGAUAUAAGCGUGGCUCCUAACAGUUGUGCCUCUUUGAACCAUAUGAAUAGGAAACAGUUCUACUCUGCAUUAAAAUUAAUAGCGGCACACCAAACAAAUGUGGCAUUGAAACCUGAACUUCUGUCAACUGCCCUAGACCUUCCCCUGCCGAGGUUUACAUGGGCCCUUAACUCUGAAGCUAACGCCGACCUAAUACAGUUGUCUAAUUCCCCUAAAGAACAACAUAUCCCAAAAAGAGAAAGAAACUUUGCAACAAAUGUAGGAGCAUAUGAACCAAUGCGGUUGUCCUCAAACCUCUCUGACAGUGAUGUUCCACAGACAUUGUCUCAUGACAACACGGAAGCCCUUAGCACAGACUCUGAAAUGGAAUCUGAAACUCUAUCACAAAGAUCAGGCUCACAUGGUCCGAGGAGAACAAAGACGGGGUCGCCGUGGAGUACAGCCAGCGAGAGUCCAACGCCGACCAACAGCGUGGCGGAGCGCGUGCACCCCGUGUGGGAGCACAGCGCCACCGGCCGCGGCGUCUGGCCCGCCAACACCACCGAGGAACACACCAGGCUGCUAGGUACCGAAGAGGAGUCGUCUGACCGCCACUCGUCGGAGGAGGAGGGGGAGGGAGGGGACAUGUGGGCCAUCAGCGAGGCGCAGGCGCGGCACUAUGCGGCCCAGUUCGCGCAGCUGCGCCCUGAGCGGGGCCUGCUCUCCGGACAGACUGCCAGACUGUUUUUCGAAAAGUCCCGGCUGUCGGUGCCGGACCUGCGCAAGAUCUGGCUGCUGUCAGACAUCAACAAGGACGGCAUGUUGUCGCUGGAGGAGUUCAGUAUAGCGAUGCACCUGAUAGUGCUGCGGCGGAACAGUGUGGCCGUGCCCGACGUGCUGCCGGCCGCGCUGCUGCCGCGCGUCGACGGCCGGUACUCGCAGCGAGCCGUCACCACCGACCUCGUCGACCUCGGCCCGGACAUGUUCUCCUCCGGCACCUCCGCCGACUUCAACUUCGCCCCCAAGGACGAGCCCAAACCGAAAAAGGACGACCACCCCUCCCUCACCCCGCCGAAACCCGAAGUCAACAACAAGGAGUGGACCAAGUUCGUGGACUCCCCCACGUCGAGCGUGUCGAGCCCCGGCCCCAAGCCGGUCAACUUCGACUUCCACAAGGCGGCGCUCGAGCGCGACCCCAAGAUCUUCCACCCGGUGGCGCUCCGCGUGACGCCCGACGCGGGCUCGCUGCCGCACGACGAGCGCUCGUCCACGUCCCCGCGCCGCGACGACUUCGCCGCCGCCUUCGAGCUGGCCAGCCCCAAGCGCACGGGCUCGCAGCCGCCCAGCGAGCCGCCGCCCAACGGCGCCCCCGCCGAGAUCAAGUCCAUCCAGCGGCCGCAGCCCAAGAAGCCGCGGGCGGCGUGCGGGCCGCUGCCGCCGCCGCCGGCCCGCGAGCACGAGGCGGACGGGCCGGCGUCGCUGCAGCCGCCCAAGAAGGAGCCGCCGCCGCCGCCGCCGCCGCGCCCGCUGCGCCAGCACGCGCGCUCGUCGUCGCUGGACCUCACGCGCCUCAAGGCGCCCCCCCCCGCCCGCCCGCCCGCGCCGCCGCCGCGCCACUCGCCCUCGGCCGCGUCGCCCGGCGCCGGCCCGCGCCGCCCGCUGCUCAACCAGCGCAGCGAGGGCGAGCCCGCCUUCCCGCCCGACGCCUUCGCGCCGCGCGAGUACGACGCGGAGGGCUUCGGCUACAACCGCGAGGACGCGCCCAAGAUGCACGGCGCCUUCGAGGUGUACCGCAAGCCGUCGCGGGAGUCGUCGUGCGAGGCGGACCCCGACGUCAAGGCGCUGCAGGAGCAGAACGCCGUGCUGCACCGCGUGUGCCGCGCGCUGCAGGCCGAGCUGGCCGACGUGGCCCGCGAGCGCGAGGCGCUGCGGGUGCGCCUGGGGCACACGCCCGUCUAGGGAGCUGUCUUCUACACUUUUAUCCGAAUAUCUUUGAUAUUCCGGAAACUCUGAGACGCGCGUUUUUCUCUGGGCUUACUGUAAUGUAACUGGUGCGAACUGCUAUGUCUAUUGAUGGUGGAGGAACGUUAGGUUAAAAACUUCGGGACCUGAAUCUAGAGCAUUGGAUUUACUAAUCUCGAAACCUGCUGGACGGAUUUUAUGCAGCUUUUACUAAAUGCAGUCUUCGAGGGAACUUUAUUAAUGAUCUGCCUGUCGAAGUUAAUGACUGUCGAAAAUGUGUUGGACUUUAUAUACUUUUAAAAUGUAUUGAAAAAGUUUUAUCUGAAUUGGUUCAGUGGAUUAUGGUUCCGCAGUUUUACAUUUUUGUAUGACUAACAUUUCUCCACUACGUCUUUGUUGUAUGUUUUAUGUAAUAUUCACAUCGUCUUGUAUCGAUAUAUUCUCACGUUCAAGAUAUUACAUUUUGUACAUCUCAUAUCAGUUAUUGUAAACUCAUGAAUUCCCAGUAUACGUUAACAUUUUACUAAACUAACGAAUACUAAUUUGUAUUAUUUGUGAAUAGUGAAGAGACUGAAACGCCUGAAUUUACAGAAAGUUGUAUAAAACCAUGAAAUGACGAACUUUAUAUUUGCAUUUGUCGACUUAUAAUGAAAACGGCGUAAGCGCCUUUUCGAAAAGAAACAUUCAAUGGUUCAUCAUAUCCAUCUUAGGACUUCGUAUCAACAGUGGCUGCAAGUUGUCUUUGAUUACUUGUGGCUCUGCCCACCCCAUUUGGGAUUACGGGCGUGAGUUUAUGUAUGUAUGUAUGUAUGUACAUUCAAUGGAACCUCUAUUUCUUUCAGACUUUCCUGCUACGUUCCCCAAAAACAAUAUAGAUGGCGUUGAACAUAUUUCACGUGAUAUCUACCUAUUUUCCCAUCGCACGGAUACAUAAUUAUUCAAAAAUAGAAUGUAUUGGAAGAUGCAAAAUAGAAUGUAAUAUGUAAAAAUAAAUGUCUUUACAGAGGACAGAAUAAUAAUGGGUGGAAGAUGUGCCUAGGUGUAAUAACUAGAGUGAUCGUCGUUGUCGCUGGUAUGCAAUCCGUUUGACGUGCUGUCUACUUACCUGUGUCGGGUUAUUGACUGAUGUAAAUUUUUUAGACGGUUGGUUUAGAUUUGUGCUUAAAAUUUACGUGUGUUCCAUAAAUUUUAUGCUUGUCGAUUACCCGUCCCUUUCCUUUUCGGCGGAUAAGAAAAUGACAGAUAUAACUUAAAAUAAAAUUAGAUGGUAUUUACAGGAAUUAGCACCAUUAUAAAGUUAAACGGAGAAAAAACUGUACAGCGCCCUCUAUAUUGUUUUUAAGGAACGUAGCCUGGACAGUCGCUCACUCAUUUACACGCUAUUCAAAAUCGUCAAGUAUUUAAGAGGCUAUUUACAUUUCCUGUAUUUUUCCAAAUCUGAUUGCAUAUUAAUCAAAGUAAUAACAAAAUUAGGAAAUUCUUCUUCUAUCGUGUGGGUUGUGAGGUGGAGUACCAACCUCACCAACCCUGGUGUCAGGGUUACUAUUGAGUCGCCAGAGGCCCCUGACAUGGCUCAUGUAACGACUACUUACUUACUUAAUCAGGAAAUUUGUCACAACCCUAUUGUUUUUUUAUAUGUAACAUUGUAUAUAGCUAUAAAUAAAUACGUUUAGAUUAUAUUACUUCACAAUAUUUCCAAGCAGUCGAUCUUGAAGACUCGAAGUAAACUAAGUAACUUUAAUGCUUAUUUUGUGCUCUAUUUCUAACGAGGGAAAGUAUCAAAUCUUUUAAAAAAUAGUACAUAAUUGUAUCAUCUUUACAAACGCAGUUUAGGGUUACAACGGUAGCAAUUCUGGCAAACGCAAACUUAAUUUUAUUUUAAAAAUAGUACUGUCCCUCACUUGAGAUGAGUAUAAAAAAGAGAUAGAGCUAAUUUUACAGCUGUCUAACUAAAUCAAGGUCGUAAGGCCCAAUUGUAAUAAUCCCCGCAGACACUUCUAAUUUUCAGUUAUACCUGUCAUUUUCUUACACGUGGAAAAGGAAAGGGACGGAUAAUUGACAGAUUUUAAUUUCAUUACUGAGUGAAUGAAACAACAAUCCCGACGAAUCAAAUAGGUAUGCAACCCGUUUGACGCGUGCUGUCAACUUAAUUUUGUCGGGUUAUGCGCCAUAGAAUUUUGAAAUGUUUGGUUAAAAUUUCUGCCUAAAAUUGACGUGAGUUCCAUACAUGUUUAGCCUGUUCACUUCUUUCCCUCUUCAUACCCGCCCCUUUCCUUUCCACCGGAUAAGAAAAUGACAGGUAUAACUUGAAAUAAAAUUAAGGUGUCUGCAGGAAUCGUUACCAAAAUGUCCUUUUAAAAUUCAACUUAAGUUUGUGUCUGCCAGAGUCGGUACCUAUAGACAUACACUUUUGGCCAAAUUUAAACGUCAAUUUUAUGAAAUAAUUCCGUAUAUUUUGAUAUAUUACUUUCGGUGUCAUGGAAAAGCUACCUCAAAAUUUUUAAAAUAUAAAAUUCUCGGUGAAUCGUAGAGGCGUGGCUAUGCGUUGUAUGGUUGUGUUAACACAUCACUUGUAACUAUUUACUGUAACACGAUUGCGAAUAAUUGGGUGCAUUGCAUUAUUCUCGUUUAAUCAUUUCAAUGUAUUAUUUCAAUUUCCAAUUUUAGGGUCGGCGCACAUCUUCUAUAUUAUUAAUUUAAGCUGAUAUUUUUUUCAAUUAUCAAAAUGAUUUCUUUUCUUGACCUUUUUACUGUAUAUUUCAGCUGACCUUAAGCCUCGUCUCCACUCCGGAGAUAGCGAUAUCGAGACGUCGCCAGAAAUCGCCCGACAUCUAAGCUAGUUUCCAACUAGUCAAAUCAGUUACUUUUUUCUAAACGUCAAUUCACGAAAUGACUAUGGAAUUUGUCUGGAAGAGCACUCUGUGAUGUCAUAAUAAAAUAUCGGACUUAUUACGUUUUUCUAGAUUAAAAUUAAUAAAUAAAAUGUUUUUCGUUAGGUUUAGAUCUGUCUUUAUCUAAUCAGAAUUUCAUAAUAUAUCUUGAACCUAGUACACGACCCAAUUGUAUACAUACUUGGAGCGUCUGUAGAAGUCUGGCGACGUCGUCAAAUCGCGUCUAGUGGAGACGGGGCGUUAUUCUGUAUCAAAUGUAUUGUUUGAACCAAACAGUUACAUGAAGGCAUUUAUCUUUAUUUCUCGUAUUACGUAGGCAAACACAAUAGGUGUAUUUAUUGGUACAAUUAUUUUAUUACUACACGUUAACUUGUAUGUGAUUGUAGUAUUUAAAACACGAGUGAGUGGCGCUAAAGUUGCUUGCAUUGCAUUCCUUAUUUUAAUGUAAUUUGCUUUGACGUUAUUUGUAAAGAAAUGAAACAUCAGAUGAGACUAUUUGUUAAAUGUGAAUGUUGUAUAAUAUUGAAUUAGUGUAGCGAAUGUAAAAAUGUACGCUAGCUGACGGGGAAGACGUGUUUGUUACUGAUUAGUACGCGGAGAAGAUUGUUGUUGAGUAGACCCCUCAGCUGAUCAGCGGCCAUCGAGACAUGUUGGCAGAUGUUGUUAUUAACAAAUACCUAUAGUUUAAAAUUAUUAUUGAUAGAGUAUAAAUGAAAAUGAAUGAAAACAACUUUGUAACAUAUAAGAUUAUUGUAAAAGUAUUUAUCUUUAUUUUAGUCGUGUUAGUGAGGCCAUCCUCUGUCCGGCAGCCGUGGCGUGUAAAUAUAUUCAUUUCUCCCGCGAUUUUAAUGUAUCAGCAAAGCUUGAUAACCCCACUGAUCUACUUUCGGUCCAAUUUUGUACUAAUAUUCCACCUUAUAUUACCUACCUAUUUAUGUUUCAUGAAAUACAGUAAUGCUUAUUAUUGUAGUAAAUUAUGUACAAUAAAUUUAUAUCAAAAUUU